AUGACUGCUACUUCGACACCCGAUGGCGAGACCAAGGAAGGUUUCUCAGCUACGCAACACACGCACACUCUAGAGACUGGCUUGGCACCAGAGGGUCAGGUAGACGAUGCUCUCCCGAAAGAUACGACCCACUACGGAUGGCGAUUUUGGAUGAUUAUCCUCAGCCUGUGCUUUACUUCCCUUCUUACCGCAAUUGAAGCCACUGUUACCGCCACAGCGCUCCCCAGUAUCGCUCAUGAGCUGGAUUCUCGCGAACUCUAUGUGUGGUUCGUUAACGCACUGUUUCUCUCUAGCGCGGUCGUACAGCCAUUAUUCGGACAGCUGGCCGACGUCUUUGGUCGCCGAUGGCCUAUCAUAUUCACAGUUGCUGUAUUUGCGCUUGGCAGCGGUAUUGCUGGAGGUUCGACAUCCGCUGGAAUGCUCAUCGCUGGACGCACACUUCAAGGCGUCGGUCUUGGAGGUGUCAACAUGCUUAUCGACAUUAUUGUGUGCGAUCUAGUUCCACAGCGAAAGCGCGGCACUGUCAUGGGGGUCGUUUUCGCCUUCUUCGCUGUUGGCUCGUCGCUGGGGCCUUUUGUGGGGGGUAUACUGGUCGAUAGAGCCUCCUGGCGUUGGGUCUUCUACAUCGGUCUUCCCGUAGCUGGUGUCUCUCUGAUGUUCUUGAUCGCCUUCUUGCAAGUUCAGUACGACAAGGAAAUGGCCUUAAAGAACAAACUCAAGCGACUCGAUUACACCGGGAACGUCAUCCUCACGUUAUCCAUGGUAUCCAUCUUGAUUGCCUUAACCUACGGAGGAACACUUUGCCCAUGGUCGUCUUGGCGUACAAUCGUGCCUCUCGUUCUAGGGCUUCUCGGAUUGAUCGGGUUCCACAUAUAUGAAGCAAUUGGUGGUCAGAAGGAGCCGGUUGUUCCUGCAAGGCUUUUCACCAACCGUACCUCGCUUACUGGCUUUGUACUAGUCUUUGUCCACGGCAUGAUACUCUACUGGAUAACCUACUUCCUACCACUGUACUUCCAAGCAGUAUUGUUAAGUAGUCCCACCCGGUCGGGCGUUCAGUUUUUGCCUACUGUCAUCGUAGUGCUCCCUUUCGCGAUCAUUGCUGGUGGCUUGGUCACUGCUACUGGCCGUUACAAACCGCUGAACAUUGUGGGCUUUGCCCUUAUGACUCUUGCCGCGGGACUUUUCACCAUGCUUGAUUCUGCCUCAUCGAUGGCUGAAUGGGUAGUCUUUCAAAUCAUAGGAGCCGCUGGUAUUGGACUCGUAACCACCUCAACUCUCCCAGCUGUACAGGUCAGUCUUCCUGAAAGCGACGUCGCUUCCUCAACCGCUACGUGGGGUUUCCUCCGUAGUCUCGGCUCAAUAUGGGGAGUUUCGAUUCCAGCGGCUAUCUUCAAUACGCGUUUUGGAGAGCUGUCCAAUCAGAUCACCGACGAGAAUGUACGAGCACUGUUGCAGAAUGGUAUGGCAUAUGAGAGAGCCUCGGCUGCUUACAUUGGCGCAUUUACGGAGCCGACACGCUCCGAACUCAUCCAAACAUACCAAGGUGCACUCAAGACUGUUUGGCAGGUUCUCAUCGCGUUUUCGGCUUUGGGAUUUCUAGCAACGUGGUUUCUCAAAGAAAUCAAGCUCAAGGACACUAUAAAGACGGAGUUUGGUCUCGAAACCAAAGAUGAAGCGAAGAAAUGA